AUGAUUACUUUUUGUAAAAAGGUAUUUUCCUCGUCUUCGGAAGGAUCCGGUGAAAUUGAGGACAGCGUAGAAAAGCAGACAUCGGAAAUCGAGGUACAACCCGAAAGACUGGAUGCGAUAUCUCAAUUUGAGAUAGAAGAAGUCGCGCAACCAGAAAUUCAGAGAAAGAGUAACUUAAAAUCUCUCACAGAGAGACUCCAGGACACUUUUCGCUCGUUCACAUUUUCUAACAGAAGAAACGAUAAAAGGAAUAUUGUUAAACAUUAA